AUGGACUCCAGCCCCUCCCGCAUCAACAAGUUCGACGGAACCAACUUCCACGCGUGGAAGUUUAAGAUGCAAAGGUGCUCGAAGAACGUCCCCUCGACGUUCAAGAGGACGUCCCGCAAGGCGAUGGCGAUCAUCUGCCUCGCGAUGGAAGACUCUCAACUGCCGUUGGUCCGCUCGGCGAGUGGUGCGCACGAUGUCUGGUCAAAGCUAGAAGACCACUUUAAGAAGAACAGCCUUGCGAACAAGCUCUUUCUUCGUCGUCGUUUCUUCACGGCCAUGAUGGAAGAAUGUGAUGAUGUGCUCGCGCAUAUCAACAAGCUCAAGACGUUGGCGGAGCAGCUCGACGCGGUCGGCGCUCCGGUCAGCGAGGACGACUUGGUGAUCACGCUUCUCGGCAUCCUGAGCGAGUCGUACCAGCUCCUGAUCACGGCGUUGGAAUCACGUUCCGACACCCUGACGUGGGAACUCGUGACGUCUCGGCUCCUCCAUGAAGACAUGAAGCGCAAGGAGCAAGGUGGCGCUGGAAUCGCCGCAGGCCAAGCGUUCAUGACGGGCGACAAGAAGCGCAGUGCGCGGCCAGUAUAG